AUGUACACUCUUCUUCUGCUCCGAUUUCUUCAAGAAGAAGGGCUUCUUGCCCUGCUUGACGAGCUCCUUCUCCUUCUUCUUGUGCUCGCGCAUCAGCUCGUCCUCGCGGUCCUUGCGCUCCUGCGACCGCUUCUCGUCCUCCAUCUUGCGCAGCUUCAGCUUAGCGUCCUCGCGGUCCGCGGGCGUAACGCCCUUCUUCCGCGUGAUGAUCUCACGCAGCUUGGCCAUCUCAUCGUCCCGGUACUCGUCCAGAAAGGCGUAGUUGCGGCGGAACCGCCGGUAGUCCUCGCCCGUCAGCUCCUGCUCGAACCGCACGUCCCGCGGCUUCGGUCGCGCGUUGGGCGGCGGCUUGACCACCUCGCGGUACCGAGAUACGGGCCGCUUGGACGACAUUUCCUCGGGUGCGCUCUUGGUUUUGCGGCCCGGCGCAGAAGCGGAGGCGGCGGCGGCGGCUGA